CAGAAAAGAACAACUGGUCCACUCACGCCUGACUUGGCCGUGCACUCCGACUGCAGGCAGUGCCAAAACAGCAUGGAGCUGCGGAGCAAUUACGAUCCGCGAGCUUGGCUUGAACUCGGUCGUUUCGGCGUCGGCGUGAGCAUGGCGUGCGGAUCGAAAUCUAGAUUACCCAAAUUUCAACCCUGCGCGGGAGACCCACGCCACAACCCUUCUCGUUCUGAUCAAAACCCCGUUGAGCUCUCAGCCCCCACGCAAAGCGGGAAGGCGUGGCGCAGGGAGUGCAGAUCUGCGACGGAACGUGUAUCGCUACGCCGGCGGCCCGCGGACACGGAUUAGCAGCUCAACAGCGAACGGGCUAUGAUCGGCGUGCGGCGUCAGACUCUUCAUCGUCCGUCUCCAUCUCAUCCAUCUGUUCAUCAUGGCCGACCGCAGCGCUGAGAAGAUUGGAAUCGUCGAGGAGGCGGACGUGCUCGCACGGUGUAAUAAGACUGAGAUUGAUGAGUACGAUGUUGCUGCGGCAUUCCUUGCCAAUGUCGCUGCCCGCCCGGAUGGGGCGGCGCUGCUCGCCCCGUGGACGGAAGAGGAGGAGCGGCGUGUGCGCCGCAAAAUCGAUUUCGUGGUCCUCACCACGCUGUUCUUUUGCACGCUCAUGAGCGGGACAGACAAGGUCGUGCUCGGGACGGCGGCGACAUUUGGGCUCCAGUCCGACCUCGGGCUCAAGGGACAGCAGUACAGCUGGGCGAACUCGAUGCUGAGCCUCGGCAUGAUCGCCAUGAUGCUGCCCCAGUGCUACUUUGCCCAGCGCUUCAACCUCAUCGGCAAGCUGUACGCCGCCAACGUCGUCGGAUACGGUAUUGUCAUGUUCGGCAUGAGUGGCGUCAAGGACUACCGCGGGCUGUGGGCCUGCCGCUUCUUCCUGGGCGUGCUCGAGGGCGGCGCUCCGAGCUUGGGCGGACUGCUGAUCUCUAUGUGGUGGCGCCGCGGCGAGCAGAACCUGCGCGCCGCCGUCGUGUAUAGCACGCUCUCGAGCGUCGUGAACGGCCUCUUGUCGUUCGCGAUGCAGUUCUACAACCCCGGUCCGAUCGGCCGCUGGCGCCUCCUCUUCGUCGUCAUGGCUUGCUGGAGCGUCCUCACCGGCAUCGUGGCACUCGUCUUCCUCCCAAACAACCCGACUUCCGCGUGGUGGAUGACCGACCGCGAAAAGGUCAUCGCCGUCCGCCGCGUCGCGGGCAACAACACUGGAGUGACAAGCCAGCGGAUCAAGCGCGCGCAGAUCGUCGAGGGCCUAGCAGACCCCAAGACCUGGGUCCUCUUCGUGUGCACGUGCUGCCUCAACAUCCCGAACGGCGGCCUCGUGGGCUUCAACUCGCUCAUCGUCAAAAGUCUCGGCUUCAGCAUCAAAGAGACGACGCUGCUCGCGAUCCCAACGGGCGUGAUUAGCUGGCUCGCUGCGCUCGCCAUCGCCUUCGCGGCCCAGCGCACCCGCCGCCCCGUCGCGUGCAUUAUUGCCGGCGUGCUCGUGUGCCUCGCCGCGGUCAUCAUGCUCCACUCGGUCCCGCGGAGCAACAAAAGCGCCUCGCUCGGCGCACUCUUCCUCCUCUUCUGCUACUGGGGCCCGAACGUCGCGAUCGGCUCGUAUCUCAUCUACGCCAACGUCGCCGGCGCAAGCAAGAAGGUGACCGUAUUCGGCAUCAUACAGAUCGCGUACUGCGUUGGCAACCUCAUCGGCCCGCAGAGCUUCCUCGCACGAGAAGAACCGACGUACCGCUCCGCCAUCAUUACCAUGCUGUGCGGAUACUGCGUCGCCAUCGUGCUUCUCGUGACGUAUGCGUUCUUGUGCGCACGCGACAACAGGCGCAAAGACACGCUGCCGCAGCCCGAAGCGGCCGAGGCGGAUGGGGCCGAGGACGCAUCAAGCGUCGCGGCAGAAUGGAGAGAUCUCACAGAUAAGCAGAAUCCGGCGUUCCGGUAUACGUGGUAGGCAGUGUAUGCAUCAGUAGUGCCAUCGA